CCCCCUCCCUUCCUCUCUCCCCCUGGGGCUGGGUCCGCCGGGGGCUUCCCCCGCUGGUGACGUCAGGAGGGUUCCCUCCCCGCGCGGACGCAGCCCGGCCGCCCAGUGCCGCAGCCAUGGCCGAGGCGGCGGGGAGCGGCGGCGGCAGGUCCUGGAAGCGUCACAUCGUCCGGCAGCUGCAGCUCCGGGACCGGGCGCAGAGCGGCCGCUUCCUGGACGUGGUGCAGGCCUAUACCAAACUGUUGGAAAAGUCCGGCUUGCUGGUGCAUUUCACAGAGAAGCUACAGGCCGAGUCCUUUGCUCUCCAGGCCCCUAGGUCAGGGCGGGAAACCAAUGGCUCCGCGCUGGAACCGGGCUCGGGCUCCCCAGAAGCGCUGCAGACCCUGAAGAUCAAGUGCCAGGGGCAAAUUGCGGAGAUGAAAGGCGUCAGUGGGGAGUUGGCGUAUCGAAUUAUUGAACUGAGCAAAUUACUCAAGGCCAAAGACUGUAAACUACAGGAGCAGAGAACAAGGCUGGCGUCCCUGAGCGGGCGGAUCUCUGAGCUGGAGGCAGAGCAUCUGCAACUGAAGGGCCGGGCGGAGGAUCUGGGCAGCGGGAACUGUGCCAGGAAGGCGGAAUACGACGCGCUUCGCGAGCGUUACCGGCUCCGGGACGGGGAGCUGCGGCGAGCGGCCGAGAAGGAGCAGGAGCUGAUUGAGAGCCUGGUGCGGAAGAAAGUGAAGGCGGCCGAGCACCAGAACAAGAAGAACGAGAGGGUGAAGCAAGAUCGGCUGUCCAAGGAGCUGAAAGAGGCGAUAAAGAGAACUGUCAGUAUUGAUGUGGAAUCGGACGAGCUGAAGCCGGCAGAGGUGAAAAUGCCCGUCCGAGAGCUGGAGGAACUGGAGAACUGCGAGAAGCUGUGGAAAAGGCCCUUCAGAUCGGCCUCCGCCACGUCCAUGACUCUGGCCCAGUGCGUGGAUGUCUUCAAGGGGCUGCUGGAUUUCAGGCUGAAACGAGGGAACUCCAUCAGCAGUGGAUCCGAGGUGCACUACCACUCCUUGCCCAUCUGCCUCGUCGCCUGCCUGCCGUCCCGAGUCAGCGACGUCCAGGAGGCGCACUUCUCCGAGGUGAACGCAGUCAAGUUCAAUCCCAGCUCCGGCGCGCUGGCCACGGGCGGGGCCGACAGUCUCAUCAGGCUCUGGAGUGUGGCCGGAGGGAAGCUGGAGAACCUGCAGACCUUGGAAGGGGCUAACGGCAGCAUCACCAGCAUCGAGUUUGACCCGUCGGGCUGCCAGAUCUUGGCGGCGGCGUACCACAACGCAGCGCAGCUGUGGCAUAUCGGGGACUGCAAAUCCAAAGAGACGCUCACGGGCCAUGCUGACAAAGUGACGGCUGCCAAAUUCCGUUCCACCCGCCACCAAGCGGUGACGGGCAGUCGGGACAGGACAGUCAAAGAAUGGGACCUGUGCAAAGGGGCCUGCUGCAGGACCAUCAACGUCGUCUCCUACUGCAACGACGUGGUGUGCGGUGACAACGUCAUCGUGAGCGGCCACCACGACAAGAAGAUCCGCUUCUGGGACAGCAGGGGGCCCCGAUGCACGGAGGUGAUCCCGGUCGAGGGGAAGGUCACCUCCCUCCACAUCAGCCAGGACCAGAUGCACCUGCUGAGCUGCUCCAGGGACAACACGCUGAAGGUCAUCGACCUGAAGAUGAACAAUGUCCGGCAGGUGUUCCGGGCCGACGGCUUCAAGUGCGGCUCGGACUGGACGAAGGCGAUCUUCAGCCCCGAUAAGAGUUACGCGCUGGUGGGCUCCUCGGACGGCUCCCUCUACCUCUGGAACAUGGAGAGCGGGAAGCUGGAAACGAUCCUGUCUGGGGAGCACAGGGCCUCGGUGAAUGCCGUGGCGUGGUGCUUCUCGGGCCAGUGUGUUGUGAGCGUGGACCAGGCGAAGAAGGUGGUGCUCUGGAAAUAGGCUCAGCGUGAUGCCGGGCUGCGGAGGAGGAAUCCAGAGAGGACACCAGCCCCUCCUUUAUGUGCAGCCCUGCCCGGCCCCUGCUGCUACUGUUCAGCUCCCAAGGACCGAAGCAGCCCAGGGCUGGAGAGUGGAAAAGGACCCGGAUGGGCAGAGGUGGGGUUAGAAGCCGCGUCUGCUGCUCUCCAAAGACCUCUGCCCGCUCAGCCGCAGCCGGGGCACUUUGCAGGACGCUGACAUUUUGGAAAAGGAAGAUUAGAAAACCAAGGGAAGCAGGAGCGGGAGGCUGCUGGGCCAGCGUCUGCGGGAACGGGCCCGUCGUGCCCGAAGGGCAGACAUACCCACCGGACUCCGGCUAUGGGACAUUCGGGAGGGGGAGGAGCAGUUUGUGCCUGGCAUUUAACCCUGAGGCAGGGGGUGACAAGCUCACUCUUGCGUCUGAGGGCCUGGACUCCAUGGAGCCGUCCACCCUCCCUUGCAAACCGCCGUCUGCGGGACCCGGGCGUGAGGAUCCAGCGUUUCCAGUGCGCUUGAGCGGCCACGCUGCGUUGUAAACCUGGAGCCGGGCCGCUCGGCCACGGCCCGACGCAGCGCUUCUGACUCGGGUCUGCGGCCUGAGCCGCGUCCACGCUGCAGAACGACGGGGCCUGGGCCUGAGUCCCAGCAGGACUCGGACUCUGACCCGCCCCCCAGAUGGGCCCGAGGACGCUUGCUGACCCGAGUCAGGCUCGCGUGUGUGGACGGAAGCGGAGCUCGGCUCCAGCCCUGGGUCCGGUAUCUCACUCCUCUCCCCCUUGGGCAGAGUUAGCCCGAGACUCUAGGCUCUGCCCCACCCUGACCAGUUGGUGCCUCCCACAGGCGACCGAGGCUAACUCUGCCGGAGGGGGAGAGGAGUGAGAUCCCGGACCCAGUGCAGCCCGUGGCCAAGCUCCGGUUAACUGCAGUGGGACUAGGGGAGGGGGCUGCUUUGGGAAUAGUGGAUCGCCCCUUGGACACCAUCUCCGUGGCCUGGGCCGUCAUGCCAAGCCAAGAGCCAUAGACGCCAGCCUGCUGGGCUCCAGACAUAGCGCCUGGGCACUUUUCCCCAGGGGUGAGCCACUGAGCGACUCUCUCCUCUCCAUCCCUUCCUGCCUCUGCUAGGGGGUUCUAAACCGUGCCUGGCGGGGGGUCCACGGUGCAGUCCAAUCCCCUGAUCUGAUUCCACACGGGCAAUGGCAAAGCAGGGCUGAGGGGGGCAAUCUGAUCCCCUCAUUUCAGCCUGCUCCACCAUGCGAGCCGUGGAGUUCGUUUGUCACCCCGAAUAAUCUUUGUGCCUCUUUGCCUGCCGGGGGAGAGGCCCCCGCUGGGAGCGCAGGGCACGGCCCAUGGUGGGUGGGCUCAUUCGGGUGGAGAGGCCCCUGCCGGGGGAGAGGCCCCCGCUGGGAACACAGGGCACGGCCCGUGGUGGAAGGGCUCAUUCGGGUCGAGAUGCCCCUGCCAGGUGGCGGGGUGCCAUGGCUGCACAGCUGAAUGGGCAGGGCAUGGCCAGGUGGUACACACGUGCAGCGGGCUGCACCAGGCAGGACACCACCAGUCCUGCUGCUGAAUGUGCACUUCCCAUGCAUGGGGGGUGAGACCCACCAGGGCACUUAGAUACAUCUGGCUAAUGCCCCCCCAACUAUGCCAGGCAUUGGCCGUGUGAGGUUCCUAGGUCAAGGCAGUGGAAGGCCCAGUAGCGGAUGUGUGUCUAGUCCAUAUCCUUCUCUGGGACUGUAAUGUCAUGGCAGCGGUGUCCUGUGAAUACAGCUUUAAAACACGG